AUGGCUGCGAAGAGACUUGUGGUUGCCGGUGGAAGCGGCUUUUUGGGAUCUAGAAUCUGUAAAUCGGCUGCUGCGCGGGGAUGGGAAGUCAUCUCAUUAAGUCGGUCCGGCGAGCCGCGGUGGGAAACCGUUACCAAGUCCUCGACACGUCCAAGCUGGGCAAGCUCGGUCGAGUGGGCGAAAGCCGAUCUUUUGAAGCCUGGAAGCUACAAAUCAUUCUUGAAUGGUGCUACCGCUGUUGUACAUUCUAUGGGAAUCCUUCUAGAGGCCGACUACAAGGGUGUGGUACAAGGGAGAGAACCGAUAGUCGGUGGCCUUCAGCGGGCAUUUAGUUCAUCCAAGUUGGGAAGUCAGGAUCCAUUAUCACGGAAGGAGGGAGAAGCACUUCAGCCCAAGGAAAAAGAUGGACAAUUGACAUAUGAAUUGAUGAACAGAGACUCAGCUAUUGCCCUCGCCCAAGAAUCCUUGACCGAGCACGUUCCAGCUUUCGUGUACAUAUCUGCUGCGGCCGGAGCGCCGAUCCUUCCAGCCCGGUACAUUACCACUAAGAGAGAAGCCGAAGAGACGAUAGCCUCCACCCUGCCAGAACUCCGAAGCAUAUUUAUGAGACCCGCCUUCAUGUUCGACUCUAGUCGGAAAUUCACUUUGCCUAUCGCACUAGGGGGACUUCUCACGUCGGAGGUCAACAAUUUUCUGGGAAACAAGCUUGGAUUCCUUGGAGCCAUGGCCGAGAAACCUCUGAAAGUCGAUACAGUGGGUGAAGCAGUAGUGGAGGCUUUGGAAGAUGAGUCAACAAGAGGUGUGGUAGGGACAAAGCAGAUUGAGGCGCUGGCCACCAAGGCCUGGAGGAAAGGGAUGCUUUAA